AUGCAGUUUAUCACGUUGCAGGACACGGCUCUCGAUUCAAAAUGCUUCGAACCUGUAAGAAAGCUAAAAUGGAGAGAUCCCGAUGAGAUGCCACCCGUUUUGGAAAUGAUUCCCGAUGUUCAUCUCAAUUCGAUUCAUGCAGAACCUGCUCAAGAAGAUUUAAAUCAACCAGAUGGAGAAGAACUUCCAGAAAACACGGCGUGUAAUGAAGCGCCACCUCGAAGAGGUCCGACAACUGUUCCCAUACCAUCUCACCCAGCAAACCCAAAACAGCACCUCCAACUCAUGAAACACCACUCUGCUAUGCCGUGA